CAAAUUUUCAGCUGUUGUGUAAGUAACUAUAAUUCAGAGUGAUCAAUGCGGAACAGAGCAUUUUUUCUUCUACUAUACAUUAUUUCGUCAUCGGAUGUUUGCAGCGCUGAAGUAGCACGAAAGAGGGACGUUCGCAGAAAGCUAGCAGAGCUUUCUAGGAAACCCAGUCCAACUAUUAUUUCGCCCACUUAUGUGGAAAGUGCGGAGGUAGAAAGUGCAGGAUGCCCAACCAUUAUUCGAACGGACACUCACUUGAAGCUGAAAACUGCUCCAAGCCCAACCAUUAUUCGGGCACCCUCUCAUUUGAGGAUAGGAACUGCUCUGAGACCAACCAUUAUUCGAACGCCCACCCAUUUGAGAAUAAAAACUGCUCCAAGUCCAACCAUUAUUCGGGCACCUCCUCAUUUGAGGAUAGGAACCGCUCCGGGGCUAACCAUUAUUCGAACGCCCGCUCAUCUGAGGAUAAAAACUGCUCCAAGCCCAACCAUUAUUCGGGCACCCGCUCAUUUGAGGAUAGAAAGUGCUCCAGGACCAACCAUUGUUCGAACGCCAUCUCAUCUAAAGAUAAAAACUGCUCCAAGCCCAACCAUUAUUCGAGCACCCACUCAUCUAGAAGUGGAAACUCCUCCCCCAACCAUUAUUCAAGCGCCCACUCAUCUAAAGGUGGAAACUCCUCCCAAAACCAUCAUUCAAGCGCCCACUCAACUAAAGGUGGAAACUCCUCCCUCAACCAUCAUUCAAGCGCCCACUCAUUUGGAGCAAAAAACACCUCCGAAAUUGCUCAGACCUAUAAAAGUAGUCCACCAUCCAGUCGCACCAGCAGCAAACCCGCCAUGUUCGAAGUCCUUUUCCAUCCGCGUCGACGCACCGUACACCAUGAAAGUAGGAGAAAAGCUUGUUUUGCCAAUUACAGUGAUCAACCAUAUGCAAGAGGAGCAGCUUAUAACUGUCGAACUCAAACACAACGAUGCAUCGGGAUUCAGCUUUUGGAAGAAGGAUGGAACCAUUAGGGCGAACACUGAUCUCUCUGACAAAAACUACAACAUACGAGCAGUCUCUGUCCCGCCAGGUGGCGAGAAGAUUGUCUAUUUUCCUAUCGUUCCGACCAGAGCUGGCAUGAUAAAUCUAAACGUAGAUGUAAAUAGUCCGCAGACUAGUGGGAGUGUCCAGAAACUACUCAGAGUUGAGCCUGUCGGAUAUCGUGUGGAUCGAAACGUUCCGCUACUGAUAGAUCUUAGCAAAGAUACAAAUUUCGAAAAGAUUGUGCGAUUUAUGUGGCCUAGCGAUGUUGUGGAAGGAUCGCAAGAGGCACGAUUUGAAGUUGUUGGUGACAUCAUGGGUCCACUGCUAGCCAAUGUCGAACAUUUGGUCAAAAUGCCGCAAGGCUGUGGUGAACAAAUCAUGGUCAAUUUUGUGCCAAACAUUGUCGUCGUGCGAUAUUUGAAGGCAACCAAUCGGGGUGAUCUACCGAUAGUGGAAGAAGCUAAGAAGUUCAUGAAACACGGCUACGAACAAGAGCUAACUUUCAGAAGACCCGACAACUCCUUUUCCGUGUUCGGCACAAAAGAUAAAAUGGGUUCGACAUGGUUGACAGCGUUCGUCGUGCGAUCGUUCGCGCAAGCUCGCGAUUACAUCUUUAUCGACCCGACCAUAAUAAACACAGCCAUAGCUUUCCUCAAUCAACAGCAAGAGCCAGAUGGCUCAUUUGCUGAGCAUGGCGAAGUGUACCACAAGGAUGUGCAAGGAGGCGCUAGUCAAGGAGGUCCAGCACUCACAGCUUACGUUGUAGUUUCUCUACUUGAAAAUGGAGUGCGGAAUGAGAAAGCGAUCGCUUAUCUGGAAAAUCAUCUCGAUGAGAUGAGCUCUAAUGCAUAUGCAUUGGCCGUGACCACAUACGCACUAUAUCUUGCAAACAGUCCCAAAAAGGAGAGCGCUAUGGAAGCGCUGGAGAAGCUUAAGAUUGUUGAUAAAGACGGCACAAUACACUGGUCUACAUCGAAAGACGCUGUCAAACCAGAUGACACUACUCAGUAUUUUUAUCAGCCGCACCCAGUUGACAUUGAAACCACAGCCUACGUCUUGUUGAGCUAUAUGCUUGAUGGUGAUGUGGCAAAGGGUCUUCCCAUUGUUCGAUGGCUUACCGCUCAAAGAAACUCUCUCGGUGGCUUUUCAUCUACACAGGAUACUGUUCUUGCUUUGCAAGCUCUUGCCAGCUACGCUGAACGAACAUAUUCGGGAAACACGAAUAUGAUGGUCACUGUGCGCAGUGGUGCUGACAGCCAUACGUUCGCUAUUUCUUCGCUGAAUGCCAUCGAUUUACAGAGCUAUGAGAUACCAAAUGUUGGUUCGGAAGUUGUCAUCAAUGCUAGAGGUAGAGGGACAAUAUUUGUCCAGGUGUCAUACUCUUACAAUCGCAUCUCUCCUCGUGACGAUUCACCGUUUUCCUGCUCAACGAAUUUGAAAGGCAAUGAAAAUAGGUUGCAGCUGGAUCUUUGUAGCUGGUACACUGGAAACGGCAAAUCAGGUAUGGCAGUUGCAGAAGUAGAAGCUUUGACUGGAUUCAAGUUCGACAAGGAGGAAACGGAUAAGCUGCCGAGUAUUAAUGGCGUCCAACGAGUUGAGCUCGAACAUGAUGGCUCUAAAGUGAAUAUCUAUUUCGACCCGCUUGGCGACACGCCUGUUUGCUUGUCAUUGUUUAUGAACAAGGUCUAUAAUGUUUUCGAUCAGAAGCCGGCGCAAAUUAUACUUUUCGACUAUUACAACCCAGAAGAGCAGAUGAGACUUGCUAAUAGUCUCACUUUCGCAUUUAAUCGCCUCCAGCAUUUUCCACCUCGAAUUAUUUGCGAACCUACAAAACAAGCAAAAGUGAGAUUUUCAAUAAAUAUUUGUUUGUUUUUAUCUCGUCUUUCAAUCUAA